AUGCAAAGUCCAUUCGAAGUAUUGGAGUGGAAUAGUGCAUCUAAGGAGCAGGAUGUACUUAUCGAUCAACUGUUUGGCGAUACCUGUACCAGCAACCGUUUUCAGCCCAACGGUGAUCAUGAAGGGAGCGAGUUUUUACACAUAAAUGUAUCAAAGAAAGGAAAAAGAAAAGCAUUGGUUAACGACGAAGAUAUAGAAAAAGCAAAGAAGAAAAAGAAAGAGAAAAGAGAAAGGAAUAAAUUCAAAAGAGGUCUAAAACUGACUUCUCAACUCAAACAAAAUGGAUUUCAAGACGAAGAAAGUAAGCUUACUGACAAGAGUGUGAAGAAAUCAGAAAGGAAACCGAAGGGGAAAAGAGUAAAGAAUAAAUUUAAAAGAGAUCAGCAGUUUAACUCUCAACUUUUAAAAUGCACAAGCCAACAAUAUGGGUCCGUCACUGAUGAAUCCAUUGAUGAAAGGAAGACCUUCAAUUCUGGCAAAGAAGUCGAAGAGAAUACUGGCUUUAACAAUAAAGAUGAAACAAAACAGGUUGCAAGCAUUGAUUCUGCAUUGCUUUCAAGUGCAGAUGCUAAAGCUAAGAUUUUAAAAUCUAGUAGUUGUGAACCUGUUGAGCACAAAAGAAAAAAGGACAAGAAAAAAAAGAAGAUAGACAAAAGAAAAAGUGAUCAUGCCUCUAAAAAUGACGAUUGCGAUGUUUCAAACAUGGAACAAAUAGAAGCAAAUCAUAUGCACAUGGGAAGGCCUCAAACAAAUGAUGAGCAAAAGGAUUAUUCAAAAACAAAAUUGGAGAGCAUUUGGAUCACAAAAAAUCGAAUUAGCAUAGAUCAAGAUGCGGCAAAUCCAUCUUUUCCCAACAAUAAAUCAAGUCUUCAUGAGAAGAUGUCAAAGCAGUUGGAAUCUUCAAGGUUUAGGUGGAUUAAUGAACAGUUAUACACCACAACUGGAGAUGAAGCGGUAGCUAUGUUUUCAAAGGACCCUGGCCUAUUUGAUGUUUAUCACCGAGGUUUCACCAAUCAAGUCAAAUUGUGGCCAGUGAAUCCUGUUGAUAAGAUUAUACAGUGGUUAAGGAAAAGGUGCAUUGUACAGUGCAUAUGAAGGGAAAAAUACAAAGGGGAAGGCUAGGUGGGGAAUGUUUCUUUCAGGGGAUGUCUAAUUACAGUCACACCGUUACAGUUUCCCAGCCAACCACAAUUUUAUGCUGCCUAACAUUUCAUACCCAUCACUCAAAAAUGAGGAAUUUAUCAUAAUGCAGUACACACAGCAUUCUCAAAGAUGGACAUCUUUAGGACCAGCACUAAGUGUCUGUCUUAGAAAUAUAUCUGUCCUCUAUAGAGUCGAAGAAAACACAGAAGAAAGGUAGAAAACAUCUGUAGUGGCCUGCGUAAAAGGCAAGGUGAAGGCGGCAUUUUGCACAAAGCACGAGAUGAGGUCCAUUGUUCUGCCUCUUCCCACAUUCACUACAUGAACUUCACGCACCAAUUGGUUAAUUGAUGACAUUGUUCUGGCAAGAUUCUGGCCAAUGGCCAUCACACAGUCAUGUUUUUUUGAUGACGCUGAUGGGGAAAGCUCUUCGUAUAUUUCCAAAGUAAUGUUCCAAAUAUAAAAGAAAAACAAAUGAAAUAAUUAAAUUUAUUACUUAAGAGGAAAGAUGUUCUUGGAUUGCUUCCAACUGGGUUAGGAAAAAGCCUGAUUCACUGGUACUAAGUUUUUGAAAUGAAGUGUUGACAAGCAAAACACAACUCAUAAGCUCAUGAUAGUGCUGGAAUUUGUUUGAACAACAGUUUCCUCACUGCUCUUUCUCGCCGCUGUGUUUGGACAUAAACUAAAAUUUGACUGAGCAAAUCUUAUUUUUGCUGUACUGACUCUUACAUUAUUGAAGGUGAUUCAUGCCUUUGUACAUGUAGUUGUUAUUUGCUGUGGUUUAUGCUGCUGUCGCUGUUUCUGGUAGCCAGAAAGGUGACAAUUUUCGAUUAAUGGAUCAUGUUUUGAUUGGUCCUUUUGACAUCACUUCCAUCCGUCAAUAUUUGUAAGCGUAGAUGAGUGGAAGAGCCAGAACAAUGGACCUGGUAACAGGCACUUUUUUUUUUCUUCUCCCCUUGUCCCGCACUUCACACAAAAUGCCACAUUUGCCUGGCGUGGCUGAUAAAGCACCAGCUGUUAUGCAGGCUACAUCAGUCUGUUAUAGCUAUGUACUGUAGGUGACCAUUUUCAGGGGAGUAUCCAUCAUAAUGUGGUGUCCACAAAGAAAGAGUUGAAUGUAUUAUUUUGUUGUUCUUGCUUAACUUGCUUUGCAGACCAUCCUCUCAAGUGGUUGCAGAUUUUGGUUGUGGAGAAGCACUGAUCGCCCAAAGCAUCACAAACAAAGUUUAUUCAUUUGAUCUUAUAGCCAAGAAUACAUUUGUUACAGCUUGCAACAUGGCUAAGGUGAGUUUCCAGUUUUAUUUUAUCCUUGGAAAAGGGUAUCAAUUCAAGCCAGUGAAAACUUUGUAACAGUCACUUUGCCAAUGAUUAAUUAUUUAGCAUGAUUGUUGUAUAUUUGUCAUGGCUAUUGUAGUCAAUAUUUCCGUUGAAGUCCACCAUUGCAAAGUUUACAUUAAUUUUGGGGAAGCUCCAUGCAGACGCUUUGCGAGCACAAGCGGAGCCCCAUUACAUACUGUAGCUAAGAAAAUGUGGUUAUUGGAGGAAUUUUGGUACAUGUAGUCAUGUGAUUGUACAUCCAUUUGUCGGUCCACCCAUCCGUCCGCACCACAGGGCAACUGAUGUGAAAUCUCACCCUUUCUAGCUAGUGUGGAAGCCUGCAACCUGAUAUUGCUCAUUCAUCUUGUGAUCAAUGAACAGCUGCCAAAACAGUGUAUCGAUUGACCAGUCUCACAUGACCAUGUCAUGGGAUCAGUUGUCAUUCUAUUGAGUUAUUCUCUGAUUAGUUACUAGUUUUCAACUGAUUGUGGGCUCAACUCAGUCCACGUGGAAUUCUAUUACAAGUUUAUUGUUUGAAGUAAAUUACUGUAUAAAUUUAUUAACAGGAGCUUUGCAUUUAGCCUGGGUUAAUCUAUAGCUCUAAUCUACAUUUAACUUGUAAAUAAGAGCAGUAAGGUACUGAUAGACUCUGUGAGUUGUCCUCUUAUCACCCAGUGUAAAUAUUUAAUAUUAGUUUACAUCAUGAUAACAAUCUAACACAAGUUUCUUACAUGUAUCUUAUCUAGGUCCCUUUGAAUCCUUCAAGUGUAGAUGUUGCUGUGUUUUGUCUUUCUCUCAUGGGAACAAACCUUCUUGACUUCUUGAGAGAGGCCCACAGAGUCCUCAAACCUGGGUACUGAGUCAUUUUUGUCUUAUGUCAGAUUAAUUUAACAUUUUUAAAUGAUUUUCUAAAUAGCACUGGCUUGGGUUUUAGGGUUUUUUAAAAAUCCAUGUUCUUGAAUCCAAAAGUAGAUUUUAUGGUUCUUAACCAAUAGUGGCAUCUCAAUCUAAAGUAUCCACAUUCUGAAUGAAUUCAUUAGAUCAUGGCUAAAAUCUGAAUUCUAAGGUUUCAUAAUCAGUGGGUUUGUCAAGAUUACGGUAUGAAUCUGUAAAAACUACACUAAAUUCACAAGAAGUGAUACUCUUGUGAAUAUAUAUGCAUCCUGCCAUGAUGUUCUCACCUUUUAAGAAUUUGCUAGAUGUUAGAGGUAAUAAUAAUCAGUUAUUCUUCAGUUUUGUCGUUUCUUUUGUUGUAACAAAUCAAAAAAAAUCUGAGAUCAAGAAUCUAUAUUCUGUCUUUAAUUUUCCCAAAUAAACAUACGAUUCAAUCUUCAAGGGCACUUGGAUCCCUUUGAGUUUUCUAUAGCACAGCCAUGACAAACUGCAGAUUCCUGCAAUUUUUCCCCUAGUCGUGAUCUGAAUGCUCUAUAAGAUGCAGUGUUUUACAUUGAAUAUAUAUAGAUGAAGGUAAUUUUUGUUAAUAAUUUUUAGGGGUGUUCUGAAAAUUGCUGAAGUGACCAGUCGGAUAAAAGACAAAGCAGAGUUCACUAAAUCUCUCUCAAGAUUGGGAUUUAAACUUGAAAGUGAGGUAUGUGCCAGUGUCUGAGAAAUAACAUUGAGUACAGUGUUUAUUAUGCACUGCAGAUUAAAAAUUUAACAUACAUGUGCAUUUUAAGCUUUUUGUUUAAAAGUCGUGCCUUUAAUUUAAUGUUAAAAGUUGAACAUGAGGGUACAGUUACAGUGUAUAGUCCCUAGCAUUGACUAAGUUAAUAAUAGUUACAAAGAUUAAUGCUCAAAAUCCUCCUGUACACACUAACCAUCUAGUCGCCAUGACAUGUUGCUGCAACUUGUCAUGUAGAGUGUUCCAACCUUGACUAUCAUGAUUUAUUAGCUAGGGUGGAAGAACAUCCCCUGAAGGGGCACCAACUCAACUUUAAUACUAUUAUAGAUAUAUAUGUUCAGCUUCCUUCAGAUGAGAUGGGGGAGGGCGGGGUAAAAAUAUAUGUUCUGUAGUUAUAACUUGAAACAGGGCCCAGCUUAUAAGCUUCUUAAUAGUUUGCUGCUUCUUCUCCCAUCUAUCCAGCGUUUUAAUUUAACAGAAGCUUAAAAUAUCACACAUUUUGUUACAGUUGUGAUUAAAUGGUAACAGAACUUCAUGUCGUCCAAUUUGGACUAGCUGUGGUCAUGCUUUAAUAGGAUCGGACCAAACUGGACCACUCAUGCAGCAGGAUUUUUGUGCAAAUAUUUCUCUCUCCAACAGAAUUGAAUUGCCUUAACAAGUUGCACAAAAUAAUGCAAACUGAUCUUAAUAUCAUAUUAUGUGCUAUGUGUAGCGGUGACACUUAUAAGGUUGAAAUCUGUUGCAUAUCCAACAUAAAUUAUUAUUGCUAGGGUCUGCAGUAGUGUUGAAAGCAGUGUGGUGUUUUAAUGGACUUGAUGAUAACUAUUUAUCAUGCCAGCAGCAUACAACUAACUCUGAACUAAAUUUGAAACGUUUCCAUCCCCAUUUUUUCUGCUAGGACACUUCUAACAAGAUGUUUGUACUGUUUGACUUCAUCAAAGAUAAAGAAGUGGUGAAGGCCACUCCACUGCACAAGCUGGGAGGGCUGAAGCUGAACCCAUGUAUUUACAAAAAACGUUAAUAUAUUACUGACCAGUAUCCUUAUUCUUAUAAUUCUUCACAUAUCAUACUCAGCCUCAUUCAUUAAUAAGCAAAUUAUUCAGCGCAAGCAUAGUAGAGGAGACUGGUUAUGAAAGCCGACAAACAUCAAAGUUGAAAACAACCAUGCUCAUGUAUCAGCUGUAUGUAGAUUAUGUUGGAAGCUCCCUGAUCGUGCACAAUUCUUUGUUUUUUCAGGGGCACCCAACGACUGUUUUCUAUAAAAUGUCUGUUCGGAGAAGCAAAUAUUGCCUAGAAUUUUCGUUUACUUGAAGACAGCU